UUUUGUCAUUUUGUCAAUUCUUUUCUAAAUUUUGGCUUUAUAUAUUUGCAAGUAUAUUGCAUUAGAAAUCCAUUUACAUUUAUCUAAUCCUUUCUCCCGAAAAAUUCAAACAUCCAACCAUGGAGAAUGGUACAUCUACAACAACAAGAAAAUGGAAUUUCAAAGAGAACGAAAAGCUGGUGAGUGUAUCGGAACAUACAGUAAGAAGUGUUCUUAAUAAGUUGAGCUCUUGCAUUGACCCUGAUGAUACUCGACCUGUUAUCCCUCUUGGACAUGGUGAUCCUUCUGCUUUCUCCUGUUUUCGGACUACUCCGAUUGCUGAAGAUGCAAUUUCUGAUGCUGUUCGCUCUGCUAAAUUUAAUGGUUAUUCAUCCACUGUAGGCAUCCUUCCUGCUAGAAGUGCUGUAGCGGAAUACCUUUCUCAAGAUCUCCCAUAUAAGUUGUCCCCUGAUGAUAUUUACUUGACAAGUGGAUGUGGUCAAGCAAUUGAAGUACUUCUGAAUGCUCUUGCACGUCCAAACGCAAAUAUUCUACUUCCAACUCCCGGAUUCCCUUACUAUGAAGUGUGGGCUGGAUUUACUCAGAUCGAAAUGCGUCACUUUAACCUUCUCCCAGAGAAGGAGUGGGAGGUGGACCUUAAUGAGGUCGAGUCUUUGGCCGAUGAAAAUACCGUGGCUAUGGUCAUUAUUAAUCCUGGGAAUCCUUGUGGCAAUGUCUACACAGAACAACACUUGAAGAAGGUGGCAGAGAUGGCAAGAAAGCUUGGAAUUUUAGUUAUUUCUGAUGAAGUUUAUGCUCAUCUCACUUUUGGAAGUAAACCCUUUGUGCCUAUGGGAAUCUUUGGAUCGGUUGCCCCUGUUGUUACACUCGGAUCCAUAUCAAAGAGAUGGAUUGUCCCUGGUUGGCGGCUUGGUUGGCUUGUUACAAAUGAUCCAAACGGCAUACUAAAAGAACAUGGGGUCAUAGAUUCCAUCCUCGGGUAUCUCAAUAUAACUUGUGACCCUGCAACCUUUAUUCAGGGGGCAAUUCCUCAGAUCCUUCAGAAAACAAAAGAUGUUUUCUUCUCCAAAAUAGUAAAUAUGUUAAGAGAAGAUGCAGACAUCGUUUAUGACAGAAUCAAGGAUAUUCCUUGCAUCACUUGUCCAAGUAAACCUGAAGGAUCUAUGUUUGUGAUGGUCAAGCUUCAUUUGAACCUUCUAAAAGACAUCGAAGAUGACUUGGACUUCUGUUUCAAGCUGGCUAAGGAAGAAUCUUUGAUGAUUUUACCUGGUGUUGCUGUGGGACUAAAGAAUUGGCUCAGGAUCACCUUUGCAUGUGAGCCAUCAUGUCUAGAAGAUGGUUUUCAGAGACUAAAUGCCUUCUAUCAAAGGCAUGCCAAAAAACAUUAACUUACUAUCUGAGAAACAACCUUGAUAUCUGUUACGGUCCCCUGAUAUGGAUCUUGUUAUGGACGCUGCAAGAUGAAUUCACAUCUUUUCUUCCUAUGACCUAUGGUGCCGGUUCAUUAUGAGAGAACCUGCAAUCUCUUGAGUUAAAAGUACUCGAAAACUGGAAUAAAUUUCUGCUUAUCCUUUCAUUGAAUUCAAAUAACUUUGUAAACAAUAUUGGUGGAUAUCUCUGCAUUAUGGAUUGGCAAUUGUUAUCUUCAACUACUGGUUGAAAACAAAAAUAAUUACUUGUAUAUAACGUGUACUGUAAAUUUGUAUUUUCA